AUGAAGAUCAUUGUCAUCUUCCUAUUGAUUCUGGCUUGCGGACCCACUCUUGUGACCGGCGUUGCCUCUCAAUUCAAUGAGAUGAUCCAGAUGAGCACCAUCACCUACAGCCUGGCCAACUUCACCAGCUACGGAUGUCACUGUGGGCCAGGGACUCAAGGUUUCCCUGUGGAUGCCAUUGACAGGUGUUGCCACAGUCAUGACUGUUGCUACAACAAAGCCGAGAUGUUUGGUUGCAACCCCAGUGCCCACAACUACAGCUUCUACGUCCAGAAGAAUAAAAUUAAAUGUGUCAAGUCACGGGACCUGUGCGAGAAGCUCGUCUGCGAGUGUGAUCAAAAAGCAGCCAGCUGCUUCCGGAAGCAUCUCUUCACCUAUAGCCUCCACUUCAAGAACCACCCAGUAGCAAAUUGCGGGGCGCAGAGGCCGUUUUGUUGA